AUAAAUUCAAUGAGUGUGAUAGUGUUUCAUUUCAAAGAGAAGGAAACUGAGGCCAUAAAAUUCAUUAGCCCAAGGUUAAACAUUUAUUAAAGAUGUGUUAAGAUGACUUAACUCUCUCUGCAGUGAGGCUAAAUAACUUCAUGCCUAAAUUUACUCUACAUUUUCUUAUACCAUGCAUUUCUAAGAGAUGGCCAUUAGAAAUAUAUGGUAGAUCCUUAUUAUUCCUUUUCAAAGAAUGUUAAAGAAAUAUUAUACUGGUGUUUCCCAAUUCUGUUGAUCUUGUUCUCUUUGCCAUGCUAUUCUUGCUGUGUUCCAUUUGACUUGGGACAGCUUUCUUCAUUAUUUUGGGGCCAUCACUGCUAUUUGGUGCUAAUUCUGUUUCCAUUUCAGUCUCCUGGAUAUAGUUCCUCUAAGUUUGUUUCAGACACUAAGACUUUCCUUUAUGUGUUGGCUUCUAAGGCAAUUUGCCUCCUCCCAAACAAAAUGUUGGGUUACUGAUUGAUUGCUUAUGUUGAGCCUUAUUUCCCCUCUCCUCUUGCUAUAUCACUGUACCACUGUACUGCUCAGAAGUGUUGGAAACACCUCAUGGUGAGAAGUGUUGCUUCCUGAUGGAGGUCUGUGCUAACCCCAUUGAGUUGAAAUAUGGGCACAGCAUAUUUCCCUAGUAUUUCUUCAUUGAACUUAUGCCUUUUAUUUUUCUCAGUUCUGCUCUACUCUCACUCAGGCUUUACUUGAGGAGUGCUUCUCUUUAACCUUGUGUGGCCUGUGAUCUGCAGGCUAUUCAAGGACACUAUUGACCCAAAUAUAACUUUUUGAGAUAUUAGGCUCUUACGUAUUUUAUGCAGUAUGGAGCUUCUUUUUGCUACUUUGACGGCAGCACUUUGUUUUUAUUUGUUGGUUUCAUUACUUACCAAAUCAAGAAAGCAAUACCAAAAUACUAGGAGAGUAUAUCCUAGUAGGUAACCACCUGAUUUCUCAAAUCAAGCUUGGGAGCGCAUGGAAGAAAAGGUAUUCCAGAAAUCUUAAUGAGCAUCUUUUCUCCUCGAGGGCUCUACCAGUGCCCUCUCUUUCUGAUUGUGGUACUCUAAUUUGUUCUGUCUGUGUUUGGUAGGCAGCUGUUUUGCAUUUUUCCCUUGCUGCUCUCUUUUUCUGCAAUCCUACAGUCUUCACCCACUAGCUGAUGAGGCUCUUUCAUUGUGACCUGCAGUGUCUCCGCACAUUGCAGAGCCGAGCACUGCAGUCCAGACGGCCUUUCUGCUUCAGUUCGCUCCUGACCUAAACCCCCCUGCUAUUCCAGGCCUGGCCUCUCAUGACCAGAGACUGCUGACUCAUCCUGGCCUGUGCCAAGCUGUGCAGUCGCUUAGCGAUGUGGACAGGAGUUGAAGGACUAGAAUGAGAUCACUGAACUCAUUUCACUUGUUGCUUACGGUACAGUCCAGCAUGAGCUGGAAAUGUAGGAACCUCAGCCUCCCGAGCAGAAAGAUUCCUUGACCAUCAGUCUGCAGCCUGCCUCUUCUCUAUAUAUGCAGCCGCGCUCUGUCCCCUGCCCCAAUGAACAUCUGCACUAGGCCCAAGCCUUGGAGUGAUUUACCUGAAGAGUGACACCAUUUGUUUGGAAACUACUAUGAGGAAACUGAAGCCCAGAGAGGUGAAGUAAGGUGCCCAAGGCUACACAGCAAGUUAGAGGCACAGCUAGUACCGUAGCUCAAGUCUCCUGACUCCCAGUCCAGUUCUCCUCCCAUUACUCCACGGGUCCUGUCUCUAAGCUUCCUGACAAAUGCUAGAACGGAAGAAACCCAAGACAGCUGAAAACCAGAAGGCAUCUGAGGAGAAUGAGAUUACUCAGCCGGGUGGAUCCAGCGCCAAGCCGGGCCUUCCCUGCCUGAACUUUGAAGCUGUUUUGUCUCCAGACCCAGCCCUCAUCCACUCAACACGUUCACUGACAAACUCUCACGCUCACACCGGGUCAUCUGAUUGUGACAUCAGUUGCAAGGGGAUGACCGAGCGCAUUCACAGCAUCAACCUUCACAACUUCAGCAAUUCCGUGCUCGAGACCCUCAACGAGCAGCGCAACCGUGGCCACUUCUGUGACGUGACGGUGCGCAUCCACGGGAGCAUGCUGCGCGCACACCGCUGCGUGCUGGCUGCCGGCAGCCCCUUCUUCCAGGACAAGCUGCUGCUGGGCUACAGCGACAUCGAGAUCCCGUCCGUGGUGUCGGUGCAGUCGGUGCAAAAGCUCAUUGACUUCAUGUACAGCGGUGUGCUGCGCGUCUCACAGUCGGAAGCCCUGCAGAUCCUCACGGCCGCCAGCAUCCUGCAGAUCAAAACAGUCAUCGACGAGUGCACGCGCAUCGUGUCCCAGAAUGUGGGCGACGUGUUCCCGGGGAUCCAGGACUCGGGCCAGGACACCCCGCGGGGCACGCCCGAGUCAGGCACCUCGGGUCAGAGCAGCGACACGGAGUCCGGCUACCUGCAGAGCCACUCCCAGCACAGCGUGGACAGGAUCUACUCGGCGCUCUAUGCGUGCUCCAUGCAGAACGGCAGCGGCGAGCGCUCCUUCUACAGCGGCGCGGUGGUCAGCCACCACGAGACGGCGCUGGGCCUGCCCCGCGACCACCACAUGGAAGACCCCAGCUGGAUCACGCGCAUCCACGAGCGCUCGCAGCAGAUGGAGCGCUACCUGUCCACCACCCCGGAGACCACGCACUGCCGCAAGCAGCCCCGGCCUGUGCGCAUCCAGACCCUGGUUGGCAAUAUCCACAUCAAGCAGGAGAUGGAGGACGAUUAUGACUACUAUGGACAGCAAAGGGUGCAGAUUCUGGAGCGCAAUGAGUCCGAGGAGUGCACCGAAGACACCGACCAGGCCGAGGGCACCGAGAGUGAGCCCAAGGGUGAAAGCUUCGACUCGGGUGUCAGCUCCUCCAUAGGCACCGAGCCCGACUCCGUAGAGCAGCAGUUCGGGGCUGGGGCAGCACGGGAAGGCCAGGCUGAGCCCGCCCAACCUGAGCAGGCUUCGGAAGCCCCUGCAGAAGGAGGUGUGCAGCCACACCAGCUAGAGACAGGCGCCUCCUCUCCAGAAAGAAGUAAUGAGGCGGAGAUGGACAGCACGGUCAUCACUGUUAGCAACAGCUCCGACAAGAGCGUCCUGCAGCAGCCUUCGGUCAACACGUCCAUCGGGCAGCCAUUGCCAGGUACCCAGCUCUACUUACGCCAGACAGAAACCCUCACCAGCAACUUGAGGAUGCCUCUGACCUUAACCAGCAACACACAGGUCAUUGGCACAGCCGGCAACACCUACCUGCCGGCCCUCUUCACUACCCAGCCCGCAGGCAGCGGCCCCAAGCCUUUCCUCUUCAGCCUGCCACAACCCCUGACAGGUCAGCAGACCCAGUUUGUGACAGUGUCCCAGCCAGGCCUGUCCACCUUUACUGCACAGCUGCCAGCGCCACAGCCCCUGGCCCCAUCUGCAGGCCACAGCACAGCCAGUGGGCAGGGCGAAAAAAAGCCUUACGAGUGCACUCUCUGCAACAAGACUUUCACCGCCAAACAGAACUACGUCAAGCACAUGUUUGUCCACACAGGCGAGAAGCCACACCAAUGCAGCAUCUGUUGGCGCUCCUUCUCCUUAAAGGAUUACCUGAUCAAGCACAUGGUGACACACACAGGAGUGAGGGCCUACCAGUGCAGCAUCUGCAACAAGCGCUUCACCCAGAAGAGCUCGCUCAACGUGCACAUGCGCCUCCACCGUGGGGAGAAGUCCUAUGAGUGCUACAUCUGCAAAAAGAAGUUCUCCCACAAGACCCUCCUGGAGCGACACGUGGCCCUGCACAGUGCCAGUAACGGGACCCCUCCCACGGGCACGGCCCCGGGAGCCCGCGCUGGCCCCCCGGGGGUGGUGGCCUGCACGGAGGGGACCACUUACGUCUGCUCCGUCUGCCCAGCAAAGUUUGACCAAAUCGAGCAGUUCAACGACCACAUGAGGAUGCAUGUGUCUGACGGAUAAGUAAUAUCUUUCUCUCUUUCUUAUGAACAAAACAACAAAAAAAACAAACAACAAAAAAAAGCUAUGGCACUAGAAUUUAAGAAAUGUUUUGGUUUCAUUUUUACUUUCUUGUUUUUGUUUUUGUUUCGUUUCAUUUCAUUUUGUACUACAUGAAGAACUGUUUUUUGCCUGCUGGUACAUUACAUUUCCGGAGGCUCGGGUGAAGAAUAGUUUUCCCGGCCUCCCUCGGAUGGUGGCCUUAAGGCCUGGUAGUGCUUCAAGGGGUCCACUGGUUGGAUCUCUAGCUACUGGCCUCUAAAUACAACCCUUCUUUACAAAAAAAAAAAAAAAAAAAAUCUUUUUAAAAAAAUGUAAAAAAAAAAAUUUUUUUUCACUUGUGAAGAGCACUACAAAAAUAUAUACCGAAAUCUAAAAGGCCGACUGUCUUUAAGUACACCGCUUGCAGUGUUUCAGUGGACAUUUUCACAAUUCUGGCCACUUGGACUUCACAGUAACCAGUUAAAACUGUGGAAUAUCACUUCUGGUUGAAAACCCAGAGGAAAGGCCCUGCUGUUUUCCACCUACCACGUUGUCUGAUUUCAUAAAAGGGCUGUGGAGGUGGGAAGGGGCAGUGGGAUCGGUGAUGUGGGAAAGGGGAAUGGCAGGCUUCUCCCCCAGAUUCCGCUUGGGCCCACACACCCCGGCCCACCUCCUCCAUGCCCCCCCUUUCAGCAGAAGCCAGGAAGAUUUGGACAAGCAUCAAGCAACAGUGGCUAUCGUAUUUAUUCAGUGUCUUUGCUGAGCCACAGCCUCAGCACAAUCAAGAGGGACUUUCAUGAAAGGCAGGAAUGCAGAUAAAACAAAGAUAUCAAAGGUUUGCGCCUAUGUUUCUAGGUACAAGAGAAGGAUUAUUUCCAACAAUCUUUGCAAAAACAAAAAAAACAAAAAAAAAAGUGUCAGGAUAUAUUCUUGUGGAAGAGAAAGAGAAAUGGAGGGUGGGGGAAUAAUAAAAAGUUCUUGAGGCUUUUUUAAUUCAAAAUUUUAUAGAGGGGCAAAAGUGACGUUUACCAGAUAGAAUGCUGAUUUUUUUAAUAUAUUUACAACAGUAUUUGUGUAAAAAAACAAAACAAAAAUGAGAUUGUUAAAAGUAAUUUUUUUUUUCCAUUUUGGUUUUGCAUACACUGCCACCAAUCCCUUCUCUUUUAUUUUAUUUCACACACAUAUAUAUAUUUUUUGGUAAGUCAAGACUGUUAAGGUUAGCGAUACUGCUUCCAGAUAGAAAGAAUAAAAGGCAAUUAAAGUUAUAUUUGAAAGAGAGGAAGGAUAUUUUCUUCAUAUUUUUUUUAAUUUUUCUUAAUUUUUAUUAUUGUAAGUGUUGCCUGGGUUGAUGAGGGCCUCUGUGGCCGCCCAUCCCUGCUGUAAUUUGAACUGCUGCUUUGUAUUUUGAUAUGUAGUUCUUUGACUUUUAGCAAGCUUAGGUUGCUCCACUGAAUUUUUUUUUCAAGUGAUCCACUUAGAAUUCUGUUCUUUUUCAUGGGAGGGACUUUUAGAAUUCUGUUCUUUUUCAUGGGAAGGACUUUAACUUUCAGAAACAGAUUUCUUGGCUCUCUAAAAGUUCAUUGAGAUUGAAUGAUUCUAGAAUUUCCAGAGACUUUACUGUUUUCUUUGAUGAAACACUAGUAGAUUAGAGGUCUUGACAAAUGGCUUCUUUCCCUUUGUGGUCAGCCUGGGGGAGGAGCUCACAGAACUCCCUGUAGCUCCUCACCCUUCACAUCUACAGAGACCAGUGAGAGCAGAGCCUGUGACAGAGCAGGAAGCCUUGAUGCCAAAAUUACUUUCUUCCUUUCAGAUGUUACCUUCCGACUGUUUCCACUGUGGUUGAGAGGGAGAAGUAAGAUGAUCGUUCUCUACCUGAUUCAUUAACCCUUGCUUUUUGGAAAGGUUUUCAAGAAAGUAGCACACUUCCCAGAUGCUAAUCUCCAUCAUUCAAAGGCCACCAAUCCAUUGCAUCGUCCUAGGUGCCACUCUCUCUUCCUAAUUGGGGUUUCUCUCUUCAGUCCUGAUCAAGGUAUUAUAACCGAGAUUUUUCUAUCUAUAGACAGUGUCCUUCAAGGGAUUCCAACCCAACUGUAGGAAUUCUUAAACCUAACAAAAAUGCCAAAGGUGAUUACAUUGCUGGGCAUAUUUUUAACACACUUAAGGGGGAAAUUAGAACUUUAAACAAAGCAGAAACACCAAAAUAGAAUUGUAAAAGAGAAAGAAAAAAAAAAUAUUUUAGUUUCAAAAUUAGUUUGCAUUUAACUGAUUUUUCUUUUAGCAACUUAUUUUCAAAACCUGUGCAGCAAAGGAGAAGUCUUCCAAGGGAAAUAGCUCUGUAAUGACUGAAUUGGUUUUACCCAUAUGUUUUAGACUUUUGGUUAAAUGAGAUCUUUUCCAUAAGUUCUUGGUGAUGUUUAAUAGGGUUAGUGCAGCUGGAGUAUAUGUGAGUGUGAUUUGUUCCUGUGUCCUUCAUUCAGUAAAUAUUUUGCUAGAAGUUUUAAUGUAGACUUGGAUGGUUACAUAUCACCCAUCAUGAUUUCUAAGAGGAGUACUUCCAAGAACUGUGUGUCCAAAUUGACCUGUUUUAAAAGUUAGUAGAAAACAGAUUUUAAAAUAAGAAAAGUCUAUUUUUCUCUUGAAAACUUGGCUUUUUAGAAGAGUAAUGUGUAAGAUUCUCAUAUUUCCACUUAAAACCAACAGGGGGAGCAUUAGUUAACUAACCAUGUCACGGAAUUGUUUUGAUAUUUUGAAAACAAGUCAUUCAACCCACAAAAUAAGAAAGAAAAAUUUGACAUUAAGAAAAAUUUUUAAUCCAGAGGGAAAUGACAUAUUGCUCUGUAUACGUUAUAAACAAAAGCCAAAAGCCCCAUUAAAAUGUUUUUAAUUAUUUGACAAUUGCUUUUAAAAUAGUGUCCUUAUUUAUUUAAGCCUUAGCAAAAUAGACAGAAUUCAUAAUACCUCCAGAAAAGUUGAAUUUGAAUGCCUUUAUGAGCCACAGAUUUAGCUAUCUGCUUCUCAAAUUCAAAGGAGACCCAUUUGCCUUAAUACUAAUUUGCCAUGUAAAAAGCUAAGCAAUUGGGUUAUAAUCCACCGAUAGUUAUAGAACACGUAGGGAGAAAAUUCCAAUUGGGCUUGAACACCUAAUAUUCAUUACUUUCUUUUUUUUUCUUUUCUUUCUUUCUUUUUUUUUUUUUUUCUUUUUUAACAAUGUGAGAGUAUCCCUAAAGAAUUUUUGGUGAGGUGAUGUUGUCAUUAGGACAGUAUGGACCAUCCAGGUUUGCAUAGCAGAAGACUUUUUCUGCUUGAUAUCGUGUGUCUAUUCCUUUUAAACAUCUCACAGCCGAAAGUCAUUGACAGAUUGUUCUCUGGAGAGAGGAAGAGGCUGGGCUGGAGGGGACAGUCUAAUCUGGAGGAGCAAUGAGCUUGCUGUGGAGCCAUUGCCAUGUGUUCUGGUCUCUGAAAGGGCUGCUUUUCAAACUGACCUGCAUUUUAGAAAGUAAGCCAUUCAUACCUCUUUCAAAAGGAUAGAGAUGUGUCUAGUUCAUCAACCUUUACUUUUAAAUCACAAACAUCUUAGAAAUAGGGAAACAUGUUUUGCUUUGAGAAUAGAGGAUGAACUUGAAUCCUUUUAUUUUGUGACUUCAAAUCCAACAAUCUUCUUGCAUUUAGAACUUCAUGCUAGGAUGCUAUAAGUGCUAGGAAUUUUUUUUUUUUCAGUAGCCAGGGGAAAAUAAAUAGUUAAAAAGGAAGCAAAUGUUCCAGAUUUAACACCUCUUAGGAUAAGUAUGGGAUGAGUACAAGCACUGGUAUGGAAAAUAAUAUUUCUUAGCUAUUUAUGGUUUUAAAACUGAGUCAGCUGAACAAGGGUAAGAAAAAUGUCAAAAAGGAAUAUGUUUCCCAAAAUAUUUAGGUACAGUUUAAGAAGAAUAAAAUUUACAGAUACUAAAAAUUUGGUAGCAUCUCUGCAUAGUGGACAGUUUCCCCCUGUUAAAUGCCAAUAUUUUGAUCCCCAAGACCCCAAAUAUGUAGAAUAUAGCCCUAAAAAGGAAGGAAUUGGAACACUUGGAACUAAUUGAGAAAUACACCAGGCCAAAACAACAAACAAACAAAAAACCUGAGAUAAAACUAUAUCAAAAUGUAUUUUACUAUAUGCUUUAAUUGAGUUAUAAAUUUUAGCUCCUAAUAAGACUUUCUCUUCCCCAAAUUUCCAAUGCUCUGAAUCUGUUUGUGGCCUGAGAAACUGGUGGAUAGUUUCAGCUGCGGAUUAUCGCUUCUUCCUGGGCCUCUUGGAGCUCAUGAUAGCUCCUGGUCUGAGAAAGAAUGACUUGGAUUUGCUUUGUUUAGGAGUCAUAGAGAUUUUAUUUUGUAUCAUCCCAAUAUUCUACAAGGACCAAGAAAACCCUUUCCCAGUCUGUGAACAGCUAGAGUUUGGGCAUUCUGAUGUGAACAGAGUAAAGGUUCCCUCUGGGUGAUUUGUUUCACAUUAUCCUAAUGGCUUGAGCUACAUGUACUAGUACUUUCAUCCUUCAAGCACACCACCAGCAUGUGCCCAGCUUAUGCCCCAAAUCAGUGUUUCCCCUCAGCACAUAAGUUCAAAAUGAGGUGUGCUCCUUACAAAUCCCCCAGAUCCCCAAGAGAACAUAAUAAAGGUUCAUGUUGCUUCCUAGUUGUGGCUCCCAUAAUGCUCCCGACACCUGUUGCCCUUAGGAAAGGGGGCAAUGAAAUAGAUCCGGCCUGGCUUCACACUAGACGUGCCCAUUCUGGAACCGUCCUCUGUUGUUAUAGAUGUUAUUUAAUGAGUUGGACCUGAGAGCAAAGGCUAUGUGAGUCUACAGCAAAGGUAUUAGAUAACCCAUCUGCCUCUGCUACAGCCAGCGUGCUGCUGCAGCAAAAAGAAACACAACGUAGGUGCAAUGUAAGAGCAGACACAACCUGAGAUGCCCUUGGGAUUGAGGAGAAUGGGAGAGUGCCCUUUCUGUUGUGACGUGACUCUUAAAAGAAAUCUCCUGAAAGAAUUCUUUAAUUUAGGAAUGAGUUGAAGUCCUGGGUAAUGGAAGCCUAGGGAAGAGAACAAAAGGAUUGCAAAAUGUAUUCAGCACCCAAUAAUGCAAAACCAAAAAACAUCCAAUCACAACACGAGGAAGUUUGGCAAGAGGUAUUUAGAGAAAUCUCUGGGCCUUUCCAUGGGUAGGGUCAAAGCCUUUCUUUUGAGUGAUUUCUGGCUCUGAGAAACCUCUUUAUUCACUAGAAAAGAACUUUAUUUAAAUGACUGAUUUUGUACCCCAGAAAAGAAAUUUAAAAAAAGAAAAAUAGGACACUGAAGACAGAACCAUGUGACGUGGUGACAAACAAAAAGAAGGGCACACUAGCAUUUCAAUAGACUCCCUACUCCAUAGAAAAGGCUAAGCAACCCAAUGCCUCAGUCUGCAGUGCCUGAGGAGAGUGCUUGAGCCGCCGACCCGCCCCAGACCACCGGGCUUCUGGUCUACACACAACUUCCCAGCUGGGAUGGCGACAGCUCUCUCUCUGUUUUCACGAAGAAAAGGGCUGUUCUCUUAGGUGCCCAGGAAAUAUUACAUGGAAUAAAUUUUUAAAAGCAAUCUCUAUCCUGGUACUUAGGCUGCAUAUGAAGGCAGAAAAGGGACACAUUUGUGUUCCUUGCUUUAGAGAAAGAAUAUCUUCAUAUCCCCAAGGGCUCUCUGUGUAGAGCUGCCAGUUCUGACCCAGCUUAAGCCUCCCCGGGAGGAGAAGCUGUGAUGACCCAGUAAACAUAGACCGUGGAAAUUACUAACCAAAGCAUCAUUUCUAGCACUAGGUAUUAAGAGGGUCAGCCUGACCAAAAUACUCCAAAGAUUUCUCUAAGCCUCUAGAUACUUUUUCUCCUUGGACACUAAAUCCAUAGUGGUCAGUGGUGUGCAUUAACAGAUCCCAGAAAAUGGCACAGAUUCUUUUUCAGAACCAGGUUGAAACCAGAAACAUCAUCUUUUCACACCACUGACUGAAACACCUGGAUUCCAGGGUCUCUUCGGGCCCAGCCUCCUGUUCCAUAAAAACUGAAUACUUUCAGACUAAAAUCUAAUCUGAAGUGACCUCAGCUGAGGUAUUUUUCAUUAGAAGCCACUUGUAGUAAAGAAUAAUUGCCUUAAAUCAGAAAGCCCAGGGGAGAGGACAGAAGAGAGAAAUUGGAAGGGUGCGGAGACAUGGACUGUUCUUGGUUUUUAGUAGUUGCAUUAUCACAAAAAUGAGCCCUAUUUCUGACUGGAAACUAUGUUUGGGGGAAGGCAACAAACUUGUCUGAACUGACUACUCCCAGGAAGUGGCUAUUUCCCAUCCUAUUUCUGUGACAUAGGUCUGGGCCAGGUGUGAAAUAGACAUCAUGUUAUCUAACUAGUGAAUUGCCUAAGACAGGAUCACAAGUGUCUAGAAUUGCAUUUUUAAUCAUUUUCUUAACGGAGAACAAUCUCAACAAAAUAUUUCUUUCCUCUUUUUUUCUUGGUUUUAGUGAGCAUCUGGUUUAUCUGACGGUUCUUUGUUAAAUGCAAACUCACAACUUUCAAGUCUUCAAUGAAGGAGCCUAAUCUGAGAUCAUAGGGAAAAUCUAGCCACAACCAUGGGAGUUCUGGGUUUUGAAAUACCUAAUUAGGGUGCAAAAAGUCCCUACUAGCCCUCGUUCAAAUUCUGAGGUUUUCUUCAUUCAAAAUGCCUCAAUGAGAUCCUAAUACAACCAAGAUACAAAAAUAAAAAAAAAUUUACCUCAUAGUCGACAUCUGUUUCUACUACUGUUGCAACAGAAGUUUGUUACUCCCCAGCAAAAUCAGUGCAAUUUAUAUGUAGAUUCUAGUAAUGAAAGGGACUUAACCCAACCAACAUGUCAGCUGCUGUCCAAAAUGUGCAAAUAAGUGUACAUUAUGCAUGUACACACCACCCAGCAUGGGAUGCUCUCGGCACAGAAGUGUUCCAAAUUCAUAUUCCCCGACGACAAGAUGGGUUCUGGAACUUCUAGUCAAUCAAGAGUCUCAGUGUCUGCUUCUGCUCCCUCGCCUUAAUCGGGUGCAUCAGUGCCGUCCGCUGUCUGUGGUGAGGCUUUGGGGCGUUCUGCAGGAGCCCCACCCGUCAGUCAUUUCUAGGACCCCCUUCCCUGAAAACUUGAAGGUACUUGUGUGGAGCAGGGGUGCGCUUAACCACCUCUGCACUUCUGUGGGAUACUGACCUGUGUGUGAGCAUGUGCAUAUCUGUAGUCUGGGAGAGUGUAUGUGACUCCCACGGAGCACACACAGCAGCAGGUCCUGUGCACAGAUAUUCAGUUGCUUCUCCCCACCGUCGCGCUCCAGACUUGUGGCUCCCUUCCCAGGAAGCAGUCACCUGCCCACUCUGUUGCUUUUUGUAGCGUUUCAGAAUUGGGAGAAACAAGGCAGCUUGUUGGAUCCACAGCAAACCCACAGUGACAGGCUGUUUUCCUCCAGAAGAAGGUGGAACAGAAGUGCUCCGCUGGUGAGGAUACGGGAGGGAGCAGCCGUCUGGGGCGCCUGCCUAGGCCUGGGAGGAAGGGGCACAGAGGCCACACAGGCAAGGCCCACACACGUCUGGGCCUAAGCUUUUCCAGGCUUUUCCUCUCUGCAACCCAGUGUGUGCACACAAACACCCAGCCACUCACAAGUUUUACUCCCAAACUAAAGCUUCCUAAUCCUGACUGCAUCUGCAGGACACCAUCAACUGUGUCUCCUGACACCAGAGUGGCCUUUGCCGACGUCUUUCCAGGAGUGGCUUGUUUACCAUGCCUAGCAAACCAAUGGACUCUCGGGGGAAUACUGUUUGGUAAUCGCUUAGAAUCGAUGGCUCUUGCCUGUCUCAGACAUUCAAGUGGGCACUGUUUUGAGUAAAUGGGCCUGGCUCUCGGAGCUGACUUUGAAGGUGGCCUGGAAACAGAUUCAAUGUCCUUACUCCCAUGUCCUUCUUUUAUAGGUCGUUUGUUCUUUUUUUAUGACAUGUAGAUUAUUUCUGCUAAUUUACAGAAUUCAGAGGACAUUUUCUUUCCUCUUCUAUUUUGGUGACUUUCCCCUCCCCAGUUAAGUAAGGCUACUACUUACAGUUGCAAUUUUUUCCUUGUUACUAUUUUUUAAAUGUAUAUUGUCUUUCUAUAUUCAAAAUAAGUCUGUGACUAUAACCAUAGGUAUUUCUUUUUACUGGAAAAAAAAAAGGUGUUUUUUUUUGUUGUUUUUUUUAAUUAACAGUACUAGUGACUUUGUGGAAGAAUAUGAGUUACUUUUAAAGUAUGCUUACUUAAGUACAGUACACUACAUUGCAGUAUUUCUGAAAGCUAGAACAUACACAUUAUAUAUAACAACUCCAUAUUGAAAUAUAUAUUACAUUAUAUUCAUUUUAACUUUUGAAUCUGCCUAUGAUCAUGAGUUGAUUGAAAUAUUAUUUCUUUGCAUUUAUCACCCAUCACCAACCUGCCGCAGUUAAUCUGGUGCAUUUCAUAAUAAUCAUUACUGCUCUAGUUUGCUUUUUAUAUUAUCAGCUUCAGUAUUGUCUUUACAGGGUUUUAGGAUUUGUUUAAGCUCAGACUUAGCAAAUGUAGGAAAGUGAAAACUUUUUGUAAAAAAAAAAUUUUUUUUGGUGUGGCUGAUACAAAGAGGUUCACAGUGUAAGUGAUCUUGUUUCGCUGACCCUCUCAAUAUCUAAAGAACAAAAGAAAGUGCAUAUGAAUGUAUCUGUGAUUUUCCCCUCUAGGACUGUCACUGACUGUAUUUGCUUUUUAAAAUAUGACCAAGCACCUGCUUACCCUCCAUGUGACCUGACCAACAAUUACAGGCUGCUUUUCAAAGGGCUGCUCAUCUGAGAAGCAUCCGGCAGUGAAAUGCCUAGUUUUUCCAGCUCUAUUUCAAACAUUGAUUUUUAAGAUUGGUUCUGUACUGACAGCUUCCUGUUUUCAGUAUGCUUACCAUUGUUUUAACUAGUCUUUAAUGCUUCCCUGGAGGCAGCUUGGCAGUAAAAUAUUCAUUUCCCUAGGAGAUUUUAAAAAAAAUAAAUAAAACCAGAGUUUGAGGAACUUUUCAUGACAGAGGCUAAUAUAAGUAGAACUUGAAAAGUUUCGCACAAUUUUUUUAGUCUGCAGAAUCGAUAAAAUAAAUGGUGACUCUUGGGUACCUGGCCCUCAUGUCUGUUGAGAUGGGAACUUGGUUCCUUCUAAUGUAACCAGGCCAUCAUGGGAACUUCAGAAAUCAGGCAUCCUGUCUUCCUAGCAAGAAAUAUUGUCAAAUAUUAUUUUCAGAAAAGGAGCUUUUUCAGCUUCCCUCAGCUAUUUAAACCAAUGCCUGGAAAACUUCACAGUUGGAUAAACUUUACAUCCAUCCUGGGUGCCUGAAACCAGCCUCACUCUCUUCAUUCUAUAUUCAGGACAAAAUAAAAACAGCUGUUCACAGUACUCAGUGUGAAAGCCCUUCCCACACUGGACCAAUAGUAAGGCUUUUUUUAUUUUCUUCAGUGUGAAUAACGCCAAUUUCUUCCUUUCAUCUUCUCUGAUACGUUUUUAUUUUCAAAUCCCAUCCUGUUCUGCUGUGCCACUCCAACAAGUUUGCCCCCACCUUUUUACCCAGGCUCCCCUCCAUGCCCUCUGCUUCUGAAGCCUGCUAUCAUUAAGGAACUACCUACUCUAACCACUUUGUAGGGCUAACAUUGAGUUUAAUAGCAAAAUUAUUCAUCAGCCUCUCCACAUUUUUCAACUAAAUAUAUUUCUGCUAGGCAAACAUAAUUGUAAAUUAAGAGGGAAGCUGCUCCUUUUCCAAUGAUCACAUAAUACCCAAAUUAUAUCAACUUUAUUAUUUUCCUCACCCUUUCUCUUUAUUUCUUGGUUCUCUUUAAGACUGCUUUAAAUUACCUCUUCAUGUUAGAACCACCCCAGGAACUCUAUAAUUAGGACCCCUGCGUGCCCAUUUCCCUUCCUUGCCCCAACCCCAUUGUGAACGUCCUUUAAGCUGUAGGUGUUUAAAGAGCAUUGACGUAAGCUCAUUUACUUGAGACUGGCAGGCAGAAUGAGGCAAGUCUACACUGUACCUUCUCACUCUAAAAGUUAUCAAUAUUCUUUGGAGAGUGGGAGGACCUGACUCACAGUUUUAAAUGUCAUCUGCCCUAGCUGAGGUCAUUAAUUCCUCUCACCUUCACAUUUGGCCUAAGAUAAAGAGAAAAAUAUUUUCUGGUGUGUGUGUGUGUUUUUUUUUUUCUUUAAAUACCACAGUGUUCAAAUUCCUGAUAUGAGUAGACUAUCUCUGAGGGAGGGGGAAAAAAUGUUAACUAUUUUAUUACCUGCCAAGUGUCAUAUUACCAGAUAUUAGAUUAAUAGAAAUCGAGCAAAAGGGGUGACAUUUCAAAGUAAUUUUGGCAACUACUCAAGCCUUAAAUGAGCUCUCUAAAACAAGUAAAGCCACUGCCAUUCAAACACAUUGUAGGAGACAAUCAGGAAGAACUUUUGUCAUUUGUUAUCUUUUGGAGAAACAUAAUUAUUAAUUUAUUUAGAAUUACUAAGAAAUUAAAAGAUUCAAAAAGUUUCCACAGUAUUUUGCAACCAACUAUUUUUAAACAUAAAUUUAAUAUAUGUUUAAGUAAAAUAAGGCUGACUAGAUACUUGAAGGACCAUGUAAUACACACCCCAAUUCCCAAACAGUCACUAUAUAAUUGGGUCAUCGUACUACAUCUCAUUUCAGUGAGCUACAAUUGCCUGCUCGCUGGAGCAUUGCCCACAGGACCGAUGCUGUUCUGGGUCUGCCCUGGUACAGGAUGUUUAGAACGCAAUCUUACAGCAGCUCCAACACAGUGUUUCCUGACUCCCAGUUCAACACUCUUCCCAUGAUGCUAUUGAAAUACAUUGCCUCUCCGCUCUAAUGCAGACAAAUUCUGUGACACUUAAAGUGUUGCCUGGUUUUUAGUGCACAGGGGUGUGCAUUCAUUCCUGUUUUACCCAUUGACAAACAGAGUCAACAUUUAAUAUUAGAAAUGGAGUCUUAAUUGGACUUGAGGCUUACCUCAGCAUUUUUCUUAAACCAGUAUGUAUUGUAGCAUCAGCUCACACCACAGAGAGCAAUGCAAUAAUGAGAAGAUUCGAAAGCUUCCCAAGUCGCAUAUCUAGUAGGAAACCAACCUUUCCUUAAAGCCAGGCUGUAUGGAGCUUAGGACUGUGAUCAUCACUUGGCAUGUUUCCCAACAGGUCCUCUCUUCUUCUCUGCUCUUGUCCAUUUUAACCCCUGCAUCUUUUUUUUUUUUUUUUUUUUAAGUAGUCUGCAUCUAAAGUGCUCAUCUCCCCAAGCACUGGCUAUUAGCAGCCUAAACACUGUCAUUUCAAAUACAGUGUGGAGUAGGAGGGGAUCUGGUUCUGAUGGGUGUCAGGUGGUCCAAAUAAUGAGAAAGAUUUCUCCAGGAGGCCUUCUUGGCAUCAUUCCUUCUACUCCCACAAGAAGAGUUCCAACCCUGACACCGGGGUUUCUCACCACAAUCUGCAUUGGUCUAGAGCCGUGGACAGCAAGCUCAUUAGUCAGCAGAGCCAAAUAUCAACAGUACAACGAUUGCAGUUUCUUUUGAGAGCCAAAUUUUUUAAACUUAAACUUUUUCUAACGCCACUUCUUCAAAAUAGACUUGCCCAGGCCGUGGUAUUUUGUGGAAGAGCCACACUCAAGGGGCCAAAGAGCCACAUGUGGCUCGAGAGCCACAGUUUGCCGACCUUGGGUCUAGAGUAAUUUCCAAAUUCUGUUUCAUAUUCUAGAGACUCCAGGGUGUGGAUUUCUUACUGCUAAGAGCCUCCUGCUUUUCUAAGCUGACCCCUGCCAAGAGCACCAAUAGUCUUCACAGUAUCUACUGCAGCAAAAUCAUGGUCAGAAAUAUUACAAAAUGUAUUUGGGAGGAUAGGAAGGGGUUUCUUUCUAUCUUCCCCCAUUAAAAGCUUGCUUCCUUCCCCAAAUCCCACCACAAUGCGUUUCAGAAAGUCUGCAUUUCAUUUUACAGGUCUGUAGUUUUAGUAUUUACCGGUAUAGCUUAGGAAAUGUUCUGAGAUUGAGGCUGGUAGCAAACCAGUUUAUUUUCUGCACUGGACUUUAGGGCACGUGUGACAGGUGCAAUUCCUUCAAAGAAAGUGAAACUAACAUAGUCAAGCCAAGGGCUGAUACUUUUACACAUUAAAACAGUUGUCUGCUAUCUAUAAACCUUGAUUGAAGCAUAAUUAUUAUUAUUUUUUUUUAGAAACCUGAAACUGGAGGGAUGUGUAUUUUCAUAAAGCUUGUUUGUUAAUUUAUUUGUUUCCCUUUAUUUCUUUCUUCUCAAGAUUGUAAAGGAUGUUUGACUCUUUAACUUGGUGGUGUAGGCAGCAGUCGGAUACCUGCAGGCCCUGCCACCUCCUUUGCCUCUAAGAAUGAAAAGCCUUCCAUCUGCCAGUGAGGAGUCUUUCUCAUGAAAACCUUCUCUUCCUUUUCUAGUAGCACUUGAGAGUCUUGUGAGAGAAAUUGUCUCUGCACCUUGAGAAUAGAAUAGUUAAAACGAUUCCCUGAGAAAGAAACCCCAUUUAACCUAAACUGAUAGGUCUUGGGCCAAAGAAUAGGAGUUGAUUGCAGGUGAAAGUCAUGUAUUUUACACUACAAAUCCUUAUUGUCCCCUCAAAUCUUAGAAAUGCAGCUGGGAAUAAGUUAAUUUAAUGAAAAUUCUCGUUGGGUAUUUCUUAUCGCUAUCUAGUGAUGAAUACCCAGGAGAGGAAAAGAAACAGAAAGGGUGCUCUUAAAAAGCUAAAACCCAUUUAUCUAUUGAUUUCUAAAAUUGUUCAGAUUUCUUUUCUGCUCAUUUCAAAUGUGUAUGUGCUCCGGAGGUCUUCAAUGGAGAAACAUCCACUUCUCCACUGUUUCUCGUCUCCCCACCCGGUGCUGGGGGUGGUGACCACAAGGAGCUGGGCUGCAGGGCUCAUACCUCACCACCCAGACCCACCCGCAGGAGGAGAAGACAAACUAGAAACUUCUUUUAAAAAGGUUAAUUGUAGUAUUUCAUUUGAAAGCAACCUGCUUUCAACUCAAUCCAAUUUACAGGUAGCCUGACAGCCUUUUUAUAACCUGCCUUUUGUGCUAUAAUUUGCAUUCUUAACUCUUUAAAAUAAUCGCAAUUAAGUGAACAGAGGAAGAGCAAGAGGGAAACAGGACAAUGUGAUGAGACAAACCUGAGACAGCGCUGGAUCCUAAAGCUGGUUCUCAGGGUCACCAGAAAGUUAGCAUCACCCACCCUUUGCCAAUCUGGCCCAUCUCUCACCAUUACAGUCCCAAGACUUAGUAAGAUGCCCUCACUUCUUUGUCAUUUAAGUCGUAAUACUAUCAAACCCCUCUGGAGACAUUGGAGACACCUGUGACUGCUCUGAGAUCUAACCUGCUCUCGAGGGCAUAUGCAGAGAGAGGUCUGAAAAUAAAAUAAUGGUUCAAAUUUGGUUCCAGAUUUAGACAGAGUCUAAAGCGCUCUGUGAGUGUGCACUGCCAGGAGUUCCUAAGGCUGGUUACUCUGCUCCUGCUCCCCUUGGGACGAACUGAUUUGGAACCAUCUGUGUGUCGCUUUGUAGGAGAAAAUGGUCUAGGUUGUCAGCACGGACACCCCUUCCGGAGUCCCACUGAUUUGAACCUCAGUUCACCUGAGGGGCCUAUUAAGAUACAAAUUAAGGCUAACUUUCCUAUAUCUUAAUAUUAAAUUUGUUCUUUGCACUAUUGUUGAAAGAAUUGUGCUCUUCAGAGUACAUGAAAGCACAGUCAGUCAAAGGCAAACAAAGGCAAAGAGUUGAUGGACUCGAGAAAAUCUAACUUUAUGUUUUAAAGUAAUUUGAGUGUAUUGAACCCACUAUGCCAAAUACCCUUGCUUCUAUUAUUUAUUCUGAACUACAUGAUGAUUCUCCUGAGACUUCCAGCUGCAUAUGUAGGUACGAGCAGACAAGCAGAUUUACAUUCAGAGAGUUUGGAACCCGACAAACUGAAAGGCUUAUUCCUGAGGAUUAUCAAAUGCCAAGCAUUUCUUCAGAAUCACUCAAUACUGUCAUAUCCCAAAUUAAUGCCAGACUAAUACCAAGUGAGAAGUACGCCCCAAUUAGAUAUCCUACUAUGAAUGUUUUUUCUUACAGAAUAAUACAAUAAGAGGUACAAUGCAGACUCUUAAUAAUUCACUUUUAUAUUUAGUAGCUAGACUUUUUGUGUGAGUGUGUCAUUGACCUAUUUGUAUAAAUUUUCAACCUAUCAUCCUGAGAGGGGCCUUGAGAAUUUUUGUGUAUGUGUAUUUAGCUCUGUAUUUUGUGUGUAUUCAGAAAAAAUAGUGAGUAUUCAGAAAAAAUAAGAGAAGAAUGAGGCGAGAGAGAUGGUGGUCAUAAGUGUGUGUUCCCCGCGUCCCGGUUUCUGAAGUUAGGCACCGCUGUCUGCAGCCCUCGGAGAGUAGCUGAUUGCACUAUUCAGAAACAAGUGCUCAUCGCUGUUAAAUUUAGGACCCUGUUUUGAAAGACAGGAAAGCUUUACGUUUUCCUAUACUCACUCCCUUUAGCAUCAGAGCCAUUUGACAUGAUGAAAACCUUUCAAUAAAAACCACUACUGACCUUUGCAUUAAAUAGUUAUUUCCCUCUUCUAAAUACUAGCCUGGUUUCCACUCCCCAAUUACCCUUUGUUUCCUGCUGAUUGGCUUAACAUUUUGCAGAAUAAUACAUAGGUGCAUGUGAAUUGUUUCUCUCCCUUGAGCUGAAACAAACAGGGGCAACAAAAGAGAUGACUCACCGAAGUGUGAGGCAGAGACUGAAUUUCCCACUUUGUGGCACUGGUAACCUUUGUAGAGCUGUGUAGGGUUGAGCUUGGGUUUGUAAUAGGGCUUUUUUUUUUUUUUUUUUUUUUUUUUUUGCACUAAUUAUGACUGCACUGCAUUGCACUACUGAAAUGUAUUUACUUGUGCUGGGAGAGAGUGUGUGAGGUAUGACAAAAAAAGAAACAAGUUAUGAAACUAGAAGCAUCGUAAAAAUAGAGGGUUAUUUCCAUCAUGCUUGGUGGUAGCAGGGUUGGUGAAAAUCUGUACAGUCUGCCAAUCCUUAAUCAGGCUUAGAAACUGCCAUGUGGAUAGGAUCUGUUUUCAUAUCCUAAGGAAGUUGGAUUAGUGGAGUAAACUUAGGAUGUUUAAGGAGAAGUUUGACCAAUGUCAUCUCCAACUAAGCUUUCAGUAAGAGUUGCAAUGGUAAGGAAGCCAACCGAGGUGCUGUGAGCGCCCUCGCUCUGCCCUGCACCCCUGAGGCCUGUGCCCAUGCACAUUUCCCUGCCACAGAGGGCAGUGUCCCCCUUUCAAAAACCACUCUGCCGUUUCCCUACUAGAGAUGUAUUUUCAGCCGGAGCUUGCUUUCCCAUCCAUGGGUGAAACCCAGAUCAGGCUAACCAAAGAAGGAGGCCAUGGGUAUGGUGACAGUGAGGGAACAGUGCAAUAACCACUGAGAACCAUGAAGUGAAAGGCUUCUUUUGAAACAUCCUGGUCCACUUUGACACUGGGGGAGGGGUUGGAGGGCAAAACAGAACCUACUUUCUAACUGCUCUGUCGCAGAAUGUCCUUUAUUAAGCAGAAGACCUUAACAGUGCCUAAAAGUUUCGUUUUGAAGCUAUUUGGGGGAGGGGGCGGUCAAUUUUUAAUUGGAACUUCUUUUAUUGCCUUGUUUAAUAUUAGAUGGAAUUAGAGUUUAUGGCUCUGUAGUGUCUAUUAAUAGAAGAAUCUCACACCACAGGCAAUAUUGAAGAUGCUAAAGGCUUCCCAGAUCCAAAGUGACAGCUGUGAAGGUUCUGGUUCAGUGAGAAAGGAUGACAACCCAUCUAAAUGGCUAAUGUUGGAUUUCUCUGAACACUAUCCUGUAAAGGGAUAUUAUUUGGGAUACUCUCUGUCCUAAGGUUACCACAGUGACACCCAUCUCUCUCUCCUCCUUAGGAUCCAUCCAAGUCUACUAUUCCAAGAUUUAAAAAAAUAUUUAAGGAAGCUGUCAGCCUUGCUAGUCAGAAAAAAACUCUAUUUAGAGCUUUCAGAACCAACAUAACCAAACCCUUGAGCACUUAAAGCAUUAUUUCCAUUUUAAAUAAGAAUCUCUAAAUUCACAGUGCUUUACAGGUAUUUAGAGAUGUGUGCUGGGUAGGUACCAAAAGGACAUUGACUGCAGCAAACCAAAGUGACAGAAAGAAAUAAUUGACCUUUUAAAAUAGAUUCACAUUGACUGACCUAGGAUACUUCUCUGGAGGCUUUGGGAAAACACCUUCUUCCUUGACACUCACAUACCCACUGCAGCUUUGUCACCAAAGAUUUUAAUCUCGAGCCUGACUUCCUCUCUCCCAGACAAAAGUAAUACAAGGAGCUCAAGAGAUACGCCUUGGUGGUCAAGGGAUGACACUGCGGUUUUCACUCUUCACAGUGAUAUUUACAGACUUGUUCUUAGAGGAGCUGCUGAACUAUCUUUAAGACUUAGGGUUUGGCCAGAGGUUUCAGAAAUAGGAAAAUACUUAACAACAGUACCUGACACCGUAAACUAGUCUUUAUAUGAGUCAUGACUGGAGACUGAUGGAGAGAGAGAAAUUUCCAUGGAAGAGAGGGGGCUCAAUCAUUUCAGAACCAAGCAAUGGUCAUUGGUAAAAUGUGGGGUCACAUGGACACAGAGCAGAUCAGUGCUCUGUGUGGCCAGUGGGGCGUAUGGGGGUCAGAUAGCGGGGCAAUGAAUUAGAGUAUUGAAAAAGCCACAGGCUGGGCUUCACCGUGGUUGCCAGAGUGGUUGAAAAUGUCCAGGCCCAUGACAAGGGCCGUGCUUAGGCUGAGCUGUUGUGAUAGUGCCUUUCUUGUUGCAGUGAGUGAGUACCAUGUCAAUAGUUUGUUCAGUUACACUUUUCUGGAUCAUUGCUCCCCUCCUUGAAUCUUUGGAGGAGGUCUGAAUGGAUAGUGUUCAGUUGGGAUGAAGGGAUAGGAUAUUGCUCCUGAAAUGCUGUCAUUUGAUGAUAUUUGCACUAGAUUCUAAACUCUAAACUGAAGCAACUGAAUGAGAAAAAAACCAAGGGUGGUUUGAAGUGCAAAGAAACCAAAAGCAGUAUUUUCUGACUGAUACCAUUUCUUUUUCUUCUUCCUUUUUUUCUGAAAGAAAAACUUCAUACUUGUUGAUUACCAAGCUCAACUCUUACCAGUUCUUUUCCUUCAUAUUCUUUUUGCUACACUGGAACCUCAGUGUGCAUUUAUCAUCCGGUAGGAAUGGUCACUGCAACUUUGCAUUUCUCCUCUGCCUCCUCAAGGCCUGGGUUAUGGGGGUGGGGAUCCUUCAGAGCCACCUAGCCCUUUGGAAGGCCAGAAAGCAUAGGUGUCAUAUUGAGAGCUGAGAUGACAGACAUUUGCUCAGAGGACAUUGGGCCUGUAGCCCAUCCUAAAGGAUGCUCAGAAAGAGAAAGAAAACAAUGUGUUGAAGAAAACUAGAGAUGGAGGUGGAGGUGGUACCCAAAGUUAGCCUAUUGCAACUCUCUCUUCUCUUUCCCAUCUCACUGCCAUGUGCUCUCUAUCGGAAUUAUGUUUCAUCUCAUGUAUUUUAUGUUACCAAAAGAAUUACUUGGUUCCUUGGUUUCUCUAUCACUGGGCUGGGAACUCCUCCAAAAUUAAAAACAGGUACCGUUAGCUGCUCCCCUGUGGCCUACCAGUUUCUCAGAUGCUGACCUGGUCUUGGCCAGUCAGCUAAGAUAACAUGGAAGCUCUGGCUGGUUCAACCACUUGUCCACUUUAUUUUUGUUUUGUUUCCAUUUCCAUUUGAAUUUUGAGAGGUUCUAUGGAAAGGUGGAAAUCAUGGGGAAGGUUUGGAGGCUGCAAUUCUAGGGCAUAGCUUGUUAGGAGUUCAUGAUCCAAAAUAUCUUUCUAUUUUUUCAGUUUAAUUGGUUUCCCUGAUUAUAAUUUCUAUUAUAUUUGUGGUUAUUUUUAUAAGGCUAGAGUACAUUUGCUAUGUCUAUUUGAGUGCUUUUUUUCUAUUUCCCCCAUAUGGAUGCAGUACCAACCUGUUCAUGAAAUACCUUUUUAUUAUAUUAUUAAUAUGUAAUUCUACUGUAGACCAAAAAUAUAAAAACAAAUUUGCCCAUUUUAAAGAUAUAAAGAACUAGUGAGUUAAAGAUUAAGAAUUGAAGGAAAAGACAGAAGAGCAGUGGUUAACUAUGUUGAGUUAGAAAUCUAAGAGUAGCCUUACCUAUUUUUAACCAGUGCUUGCCAAUCAUAUCAUAGUUGAGAUUAUAUAGUCUUGGCUCCUUCAUUCUUAUGUUCUAUAAUUCUUAUUUGUCUGUUUGUUUUUCUUUUUAUAUAAUUGAGGUUGCACAUCAUGCUAUUUUUGGAAAUGCCUGAUUUUAUUAUAUUGUACUUUUAUCAGUCAUUUUCUUUAGAAGGAUGAGGGGAAAGUUUUAUUUCUUCUUUUAAUUUAAAAUUUGUUUAAUGCACUGGAAAUAAAAUUGGACAUAUUUCACUGUUUAAAAAAAUCAGAAACAAAACAAAACAAACCACAAAGAAAAAACCAGCAAUCUAAUAAGCAGCAGCGGGGGGGGUGGGGAAGCUAUGAAAAAAAAAAAUCAAAUUAUACACACAGUGAAUACACAUACAAAAUGAGAAAUACCACACAAAAGAGAAAUACCAUCAAAUAAGAAAAAUACACCAUUUAAGCUACCUUGCUGAAAAUAUAAAAGAAACCCCAGGUUCAAUGGGGAUAGGGAAAACAGAGCAUUCCUUUGAGGUCUGAGAUCUUGUCAUUGUUCCAGUUAAUACCCAACCAGGUGAAUGUAGGAGAGGCAACUAUGGAAGAAGUCACCCAGCCUUCCUCAUACCACUGGAGCUCUUCGUCACCUGUGUCCCAUGCUCGAGCUCCAUUUUGAGAAAGAGGAAAAAAAGACAUACUAUGGUUGAGAAAGUGGCUUGUACAGAGGUAUGUGUACCAUACAUGUGGGGAUAGAGCUUAGUCCUCUGCCCACCUAUUACCUCACGUGAUUCUUUUCUCCGUGAGGAUUUACAGCGGAUAGAUCGGCAACAUGGGAGACUGUAAAUGACUCAUAGGACAUCAGCUAUUGCUAAACAAUCUCUUGAUCUGGCUUCUCCAGCAGUCCCAGGUACCAGCAGAGCCAGUUCGCCCAUACAUGUGCACAGUAGUGGAAAGGCAGAGAUAGUUUUCCUAGCCAACUGGCUGGACCAUUUGUUCAAUGUUUGCUGGGUUUUUCUGGUUUUGUUUUGUUUUAGAGUAGGGGUGGAGUGGAUGUAACUUUACAAUCCUAAUACAGUAAUUGUUUUGCAUCUUCCAUGUUUUAUGCAAAAACAGACAUUUAAAUCAAUAAACAAUUGUGCCCUAGACUGAAAGUUAAUGUUUAGGAAAGGAAAAAAAAAAUUGUUGGAAUUUUUUCUACAUUUUUUUGUGAAGAAUCUUUUUGGGAAAGGAAGGAUACAUAUUUUUGUUGUGUAAUAUUUUCUAUUUUUGAAUGCAUUUUAUUGGUACAAGACUGUUUUUUUGGUGAAGACAUUAUUUAAAAAAAAAAAAGAAAAAAAACUAAUCGAAAAGUUUGCCCUUAAGGAUAUGCUGCAGUUUUGAGGUUAAAAAAAAAUAACUGAUUCAAGAUGCGUGUUAAAAGUUGGGAUUAUAUUGUUGUUUUUUGUAAUUGUUACAAGAAGAAGUUUGUACCCACUGCUGUUUAUUUUGUUUCAGAUAAGUAAGUAAAGGGAUUGUUCUUGUUUUAUUCUUUUUUUAGAGAAAAAAAAAGCUAUUUAUGAAAUGUCAAAAACACUGGACUGUGAGUUUAAGUGUGGAAGCAUUUACCACCCUGUGUCUUCGACCAAUUGUGGGAACCCUUUUCUCUUCCCCCCGCCUUAGCCAUGCCAAAUGAGAAAAAAAAAUAACACCAGUCAGAUCAAAGCCUCUGAAGCCCUGCUUUAACUUUUAUGGUUUGAAUAUGUCGGAAAACCAAAGUUAAAUUUGUUUCUGAAAUCCCACUGUCCGUAGCCCUUUUUGUGUGAUGCAGCCAGCUGCCUCUGCCUCGCGGUCUUGGACCAGGGCCUUCUUCAGGCCUGGAGCCAGCUCUGACGCCCAGAGAGGCACAAAGGUGGUGAGCCUGCGAGCUGAGGUCUCAUGAAGCAAAUGUGAAUGGGACUUCAGCAUCUCAGUGUGCAACCAGCUUUUCUUCCUGGGGCCAGGCUACUGAGAGCACACUGUGAGGAGGAGCCUCUAGCCUGUCAGACCCUCUCCUGUUACCAUCGCUCUCCGCUCUCCAGAGUGGCUUUGCCUUUGCAGCCCCCACAUUCCCCUGAUGGGCUGGGAGCAGAGGGGUUCCGCUGAGAGGAGAGGCUCUGGGUGCUGGAAAGUGGAAGGAGGACCGUCCUGCACAAGCAUCCUGCCGGCUCCUCUGGGUUCUGUGGGCCCAUCCUUCUGCUCACCGUGAGGGUGGAGAGGCAGCGGGCCCUGUGGCUGUUCAAUAGCUUUUCCAUAUUUUUUCAACAUUGAAAAAAUAAUUUUUAAAAACUGUGAUUUUUUUUUUUAAUCAUUUGGCUGGAGGGAAGGGAAAAGGGGAACACCCAAAGUGGUAACAUGAUUAACUGGAGAUAUGUAACUGGGGGCACUUUCUAGACCAAGACAAAUGAAUUCCAUUCUGGACCUUAAAGCAGCCAAAAUCUUGAGACUGUCCAUGACAGAAAGCUGAAGAGAGGCCUCCUUUCCCCCUUUCUCCUUUCUCCUCUGUCUCAGAACCCCCUUUCCUCUGUCUCCUUCCCCAGCUUCCUCGGGAUGACUGCCCCAGCAGCCCCAGACUCCUAUGUCGUGUGUCUGCACUCGAGUUCACACACACACACACACACACACACACACACACACACACACAUACACAUACACACACACACACACAUACACACACACACUAGAACUUGCAAAAUGCCACUUUUCUGGGACCGAAUAAAAUCAUGUGCCUUCAUUUUUUCCUUUUAUAGGUAGAUGAAUCUCUUCCUUUUUUACAGUAUUUAAAAACAAAUAGGGGAGGUUGAAGUGUUAGUGGAGAACUCGGGCAUGAUCUGAGAAGUCAUUUUUUUAGCACAUUCCCCCUAAGCAUUGAUCGCAAACAUGUUCACGAGGCUCUUUGGACGUUGAGAACGGGGACAUAGCUAGAUCCCUGGCAGCCCAAACUGAUCUCAGAGCAGUUCCUGAAGAUUCUAUUUCAUGGACUUCUUUGAUUUUUAUCAAAACUGAGGUGAGCAAUGGCAAGCAGCCUUGUUCUCCCGACCUGGUGCUUUUGUGUGUGGCGUGGGGAGGGCGUGGGGGGCGUGGGUGUGUCUGGACAAAGGGUGCAUUCCUACAGAUCUCUGGUGCUGAGGGGCCUCGAGCCCCUUUCAGAGACCGCAUUUGACACAUUUAAGUCACACAAAGGAGUGGUAUCACAUGCAAUAUUUUAACGGAACCAUGGGAGAGGCUCUUCGAAAUGGGUUUUUGCAUCUUUUGUAACAUUUUGAUUUCUCUGGUGCCUUAUUCCUUCUCAAUGCUGGCACUCACAUACCCACAGGGAACUGACAGGAAGUCAGCCUUGGGAGUGGGGACGCAUGGGCGAUGCUUGAACGUGCGUGCGGGCACACGGGGAGGCUGGUGUCAGUGGGUGAGCAGGGGACUCCAUGGUGUCCUCAGCUGGAGCCACGCAGGAACUGCACACAUCCGUACAAAGUUAAUUCUGGCCGUGAACAUCCCGCAGACUCAUCCUUCCUCAUCUGAGCUUUCCUUCCUUCUCCCUCUUCUGUCUCCGCCUUCUCCUAACGGUGCUGCUGCUGCUGCUAAGGUGCCCAGAGUCCAGAAUGCCCAGUAAUCACUCAGGCUCAAGCCUGGCACUGCCACAUCAGCCCCUGGCAUGACCAGACCCAGGUUUCUCUUGCUCGGGGCUGAGAACUGUCAGAUUUUUCUCAUCAAAAAUGUUUUCCAAGGAAUCAGUGAAUUACAGUUAUUCUGCAUUGAAAAUGCACUUUAAAAAAAUAAAUGGAAGCUCCAUCUUGUUUGAAAUAGACAGAGGGAGCAGAGGAAAGAUAAACAUGUGCUAGUGUGGGAACCCAGUUCAGUUUAUCUCCAGUUGAAACAAUAGUCACUAUAUGAUGUAUAAAUGUAUACACACUUCUUGUAUCUCCAUAUAUACAGUGUAUAUAUUAUACAUGUAUAGGUGUGUAUAUGUGCACAUAUGCACACAACCAAUCCAGAUGCUCAUCACAAAUCCAGAUGCAACACAAACAGCAGCAGAGGAAACAAGGUUGGACUCUUGCAACAGAUCACAAAAAAUAAAAACAGCUCUUCGCAAGGACUUUGGUCAUGUCUGUAUGUUCACAAGGAAUGGAUUGUAACAAAGAAAAAAAGGAACAGUGUUAGUGGAAGAGGAAAAAUGGGCGAGACCAUCUUGAUCCAAUGGGAAUGCAGUAACGUUCUGUACCAUUUCAUCCGUUACUUCUUUUAGUCAUAUUGAUUUGAUUUCCGUUUUUUGGCUAUUAAAUGCAUUUUUAAGCUCAAGUGACCCACAACAAACUGAGUAAAUCAACUACAGUGAAAGCCCUUUUCAAUGGAAGAUGUCAGAAAUCUCAAAACCGUUGGCCUGGCUCAGAACUACCACGUGCAAACCAGUACUCGCAAUGUUUGAAAUAAAAACUGAAAAGAAAAAAAAAAGAAAAAACUUUUUUGAAGCACCUUACUGUGGCCAUCCAUUCGAGGAGUGGGUGCCACUUUUUUCUUUGAGCACCUUAUUGAUGUGUUUUGCUAUCUGCUGUCUUUCUGUUACCUGUUGGCUGAAUGGCUAGCUGUUAACGCCCACCUGUGCCCAGGCGGGACGUCUGGGCAGGGGUGUUCUCAAUGAAGUUUACUGUGGUGACUGCUGAAAGGUGAACCCAUUUCCUGAUGUUCCCGCCACGGUUUUUGUGAUAAGAUUCUAAGAGACCCUGUUUCCUGCACAGAAAUGUUUCUUAUCACAGUGUAUCUUCAUAUGGAAAGGAAUAUGGUCCCUUUUUCGCAAUUGCUACUGUACCCAUGCCGCGUGCGCACGCACUCGCGCGCGCGCGCGCACACACACACACGCAUAAACAUAUCCAUUCAUCCAAGUGGUAUUCUCCAUGUCUGUGUGGGUGUCACUGUUUAUGCAGUUUCUAUUUCCCAGUGAAUUUUGAGGGGAGGGCAACUUUGUAAGCCAGAUUGUCUUUUCAGACUGAAGACCUGGGAAUUGGGGAAGAGUUUGGAAAGAGGGAAAAGCCAGGAAGAAGAGAGGUUUACGUUAGAAUGACUUCCCAAGAACUGGGUCUCAGUGACUGCAGAGAGACUAGCCUCCUAUCUUUGCAAGUGGGCAUGGAACACUGCUUGUACCAAUCCGUGUACCGUACAAACCCAUGGACACACAAACACACAUCCAUCCAUCCAUAUAGACGUGGUGUGGGAUGAGCAGGUCAAUAGUUUUGAGAGGGAGUUUGUUCCUUUUUUUUUUUUCAUUAUACUCUUAAAUUGUUGUCAGUUAUCAAACAAACAGAAAAAUUGUUUUCAAAAACCUUGCAUACGCCUUUUCUAUCAAGUGCUUUAAAAUAUAGACUAAAUACACACAUCCUGCCAGUUUUUCUUACAGUGACAGUAUCCUUACCUGCCAUUUAAUAUUAGCCUCGUAUUUUUCUCACGUAUAUUUACCUGUGACUUGUAUUUGUUAUUUAAACAGGAAAAAAAUUUCAAAAAAAGAAAAAUUAACUGUAGCGCUUCAUUAUACUAUUAUAUUAUUAUUGUGACAUUUUGGAAUACUGUGAAGUUUUAUCUCUUGCAUAUACUUUAUACGGAAGUAUUACGCCUUAAAAAUACGAAAAUAAAUUUUACAAGGUUUCUGUUUUGUGUGGAAGAGUAAUUGAUGUUGCUAAGAAUGAUGUUUGUUUUUUGGGGUUUUUGUUGUUUUUUUUAAAUGUUACCAGCACUUUUUUUGUAAGUUUCACUUUCCGAGGUAUUGUACAAGUUCACACUGUUUGUGAAGUUUGAAUAUGAAGGAAUAAUUAAAAAAAAACAAAAAAAACUCUU